CAUUUUUAGCAACUUCGAUACAUAGGAUUCCGACGGUAAGCCAGCAUCUAAAAACUGGGCUGAGCUCUCAAAUUUCAUUAUCACCAUUCGCAAAUCAAUUGAAAAUUAGACAACAAAAAUUGACACUAAAAUACAAAGGGAAUUUCCCCCACAAAUCCAUAUAAAUUACAAAAUCCUUCAAUCUGCUUUUGUACAAUACUUCCAACCUUCCAAUAGUUCACACCCAAUUAACAAAGUUUCUGCCACAAUUGAUCGUUGGCGAAGCACGUCUAUAGAAUAUGGGAGGAUCCCCUUCAAAAAGAGUUUAUCACGCUCUGAAGAACUCGCCGGAAUUCAAUUCCGCCUGCGAAUCAGUCUUUCAAACCGAAGUCGCCCUGGCCCAGCACGCUUUCGCCGGAAUCAAACCAUACCAGCUCUUCUCCGCUGCAGAACGCCUCCACCAGGCUCUCGUCAGCAAUUCUUCCCCCGUACCUUUGAUUAAGAAGUGGGCUCCGUCUCCUCCGACCAGGGAACAAGUCGACCGGGCUUUAAAAUCCCUGCAGGCCCGUCUCCGCGAGUCAGGUUCCGGGUCGGGUCAAGAAGUGGGAAGCAAGGCCGAGGUGGUGCUGGGCGACGGGGAGUUCAAGGAGUUCUCGGUGGAUGUUUUCUCGGACGUCGUAGUUUCGAACGCGCGUAACGAGGUUUUGAAACGGGUUCCUGUCGGUAUCGCCGGAAUUGCUGGGGUGGGGAUGGUGGUUCGGCCGGGGAGGGAAGUGGUUGGGACGGUGAUCGGAGUCUACGCGAUUGGGGUUGCCACCGCCGUUUAUCUCAGUCUAAAUGACUGAAUAACCUUAUCGGGUCCUUUGUUUAAAAGGGUCGGAUCGAUUUAAAUAUUAACAGAGUGUAUUAUUAUGAAUUUUCAAAAUAGAGUUAAACUUUUGUAAGUUUUACAUAUAUAUAACAAAAAAUAAAAUAAAAUUAGCUAUUACUCUUUCUAUUAUUUUUACAGCUCUGUUCCAAAAAAAAGUGCUUAGGCUUUGUGCCUUUGUGGAACAAUUUUAUUAGGGCGAAUUACAUUUUACCCCUCGAGUUUUGGUUGAAUCUACCAUAAACCACCCGAGUUUUAGUAACACUAUCAUAUACUCCC